AUGGCUCCAAAAAGGCCGAGAGUUUCAAAGUCUAAUAGUAAUACUAAUCACGAGAUUUCGUCGUCCCAGACGGUUUUUGAGACUGUGAAAGGUUCUCAUGAGUACGAGAUAAAAGGAUAUUCUCUAACAAAGGGAAUGGGAGUUGGUAAAUCCAUGAACAGUGGCAGAUUUACAGUUGCUGGUUAUGAUUGGGUUGUGCGUUUUUAUCCAGACGGCCUUACCACUCAAGCUCAGGAGGCGGAGUACGUAUCCGUGUAUGUUAGGCUGGUAAGCCCCGGAGAAGUUAGGGCAUCGUUUGAAUUCAAACUACGGGACCAAAUCGGAAAAGGUAUACCUAGCAGGUCUUCUAGAUCUCCACAUACGUUUAAAUUCGGAAGCAGCUCAUACUCACAAUGGGGUUAUACAAAGUAUAUGAAAAAGUCUCAGGUGGAAACCUCAGAUUAUCUCAAAGAUGAUUGUCUUAGCAUUCGGUGUACAGUCGGAGUAGUGCAAACUCGUGGUGCAAAGGGAAAUCGUUAUGUUAUUCAUGUACCUCCAUCAGAUAUGCCUCAGAAUUUUAAGGGCCUGCUGGAAUCGAAAAUUGGUUUUGAUAUUACUUUCCAGGUUGGCAAUGAAUUUUUCAGAGCCCAUAAGUUGAUUCUUGCAGCUCGAUCUCCUGUAUUUAGAGCUAUGUUUUUUGGACUAGUGGGCAAUCCAGAGGUGGAAAUAGUAGUCAUUGAAGAGUUUAAUCCUUUUACUUUUAAGGCCAUGUUGCUAUUUUUAUACUCAGAUGAAUUCCCCGAAGCACAUGAACUUUUUGAUUCAGAUUCUCUUUGCACUUCAACUACAAUAGCACGACAUUUGUUAGUUGCAGCAGAUCGCUAUGGCCUUGCUCGAUUGAAGCUCAUGUGUGAGGAAAAACUAUAUGAAGAUAUAACCGCAAAUACUGUGGCAGAUACAUUGGAGCUAGCAGAUCUACAUAAUUGCAUGGGACUGAAAACUGCAUGCCUAAACUUUGUAGCUAAACCUGAAAAUUUGGGAGAGGUUAUGAAGUCUGAUGGGUAUGCAUAUUUGAAGAAGUGCCAUCCCUCGCUAUUGACUGAUCUAUUGAAGACUAUUGCAAUGGUGGAUAAAUAA